CAAAACCGCAUGGGUUGGACGUUGUUGUGUCAAGAAGACGAAGGUCUGUAUUUUCAGAUUUCUGCUGCUUAAGGAUGUGGAGCUUUAAAAACCUGCAGGUCUGCAUCUGCUUUGCUUUAUCUUGUGUAAGCAGUGCAGCAGCAGUGAUCCAUGUAUCUGGAUAUGAAGGCAAAACAGUGACUGUUCCCUGCCCCUAUUAUGCUGGUUUUGAAUCCCAUGAGAAAUACCUGUGUAGGAGUGACUGUCGACAAGAUGCAGAUGUUCUGGUCAAGAGCACCGAAGCAACAAAGGGCAGAUACUCCACCAGUGAUGAUCGAAGGAAACUUAUUUUCAUGACGACCAUUUCAAACUUAAGUUCUAAGGAUGAGGGAAGAUACUGGUGUGGCGUGACGAAGGUUGGGUUUGACAAAUAUCCUUCAGAAGUCUCACUGAAGGUAAAGAAAGAGUGGUGCUGUGUGAAGACCAACAAGAUGAGUGGGAUUGUGGGAAGUCCCGUUAUGUUGUCCUGUCCUUAUCCACCAAAACACAGGAACAACAGGAAGUUCCUCUGUAAGGGAGACCACCGUGACAACUGCACCGAUGUGGUGACAGGUGGAAGCAGGUUCACUCUGCAGGACGACAUCUCUUCAAGCUCUUUCUUGGUGAUUGUCACAAAGCUGGAAGAAGGCGAUACUGGGACAUACUGGUGUGGUUCAGAUUCUACGUGGAGUCCUGAAAAAUACACCAAAAUUGAGCUGUCAGCAGAGUGGUGCUGUGUGCAGACACAGAACAUAUCAGGCAAUGUGGGGUAUCCUCUCACUUUUUCCUGUCCUCAAUCACGCCGACGCCAAGAUAGCAGGAAGUUCCUCUGCAAGGGAGAUCACCGCCGCAAUUGCACUGACAUGUUGAGUCAACGCAGGUUCACUCUGCAAGACGAUGAGUCCUCCAAAAAAGUUUUUGUCAUGGUCACUAAGCUUGAAGACAGCGAUGCUGGGACAUACUGGUGUGGUUCAGACUCGAAAUGGAGUGCUGACAAUUACACAAAGAUUGAGUUGUCACUGGAGUGGUGUUGUGUGAAGACAGAAAAGAUGAGAGGCAUUGUGGGAAAUUCCUUCAUCCUGUCUUGUCCUUAUCCACCACAACAUUGGAAUAAUGACAAAUUCCUCUGCAAAGGAGAGCAACGCGACAGCUGCACUGAUGUGUUGAGUCAAAGCAGGUUCACUCUGCAAGAUGACGAGUCCUCCGGCUUUUUCUUGGUGAAGAUCACAAAGCUGGAAGAAGGUGAUGCUGGGACGUACUGGUGUGGUUCUGAUUCAAAAUGGAGCGCUGGAAACUACACCAAGAUAGAGCUGGCAGUAGGUCCUGCCUCUCUUAAACUGCUGAUUUACAUUGCUCCUGCUCUUCUCUUGGCACUUUUAUUUGCUGUAUUUAUAGCAUAUACAUGCAAACAAAGAGAAGCUGAAGCAAGGAAAGACAAGAAAAGAAGAAAGUUUGACUCUCUUCAGAUGAUUUCUGUCAAGCCAGAAGACUUUGUUUAUGAGAACUCCAGUCACUUUGAUAAAGCAGAAGAUGUCCAAGAACAACUUUAUGAAAACCUCAAAGCAACAACAGACGCCUACUCUGUCUAUAUGUGAAACAGAGAACCCCAGAGUUAAUCGUCACCUAAUUUUUAGCAAUUUGAUUUCUUACUGAACCGUUUUGCAACCGUAUCCAGAUCAUAUUCCAUACUCAACUAAGCAACACAUGUUUAACUUAGGUAAGUGUUGUAUAAAUAGUACACAUUAUUGUAACUGUACUCCAACAGUUCAAAGUUUAUACUCUCAGAUCAAAACGCAAACACAUGAGAAAACUUUAUUAAUAGUCUUGGCAGUUUGCAAAAAAUGAUGACACAAAUACCAGUGUGACUCCAGAAACAUUAGAUCAGUAGCAACAAAUAACACUGCUAUUGCAACUGAAAACAAGGGUUGUACAGUAAGGAAGUAGUUAUGUCUCAGUUCAGCUGUUUCAUACUUCUACCAGAGGAAGUGUAGACUAUUGAACUAGAACUAAACUUACUCAAGGUUCUGGUUGUUGCCCAUAGAUUCACCAAGGCAACAAGCCAGUGCUCCAGUGCUCUUCCACUCCCAAAUAAAUCAUCCACCUCAUGAUCCUUCCAGCAAUAGCCACAAAUAUACGUGGAAUAUGACAAAUUAGGGCCCUGGACACUUUGCUGUGACAAGUAAGAGCGAUGCAACCACUGUCCAAAUCCAGGACAAAAAGGGUAAAAAUGCUUCUUUCAAAAAUGCUUUUCAUUGUUCCACCAAAAGUCUCAUGUUUGAAGUACCUGUGUAAGGACCACUGUGGAUACAGCGAUGUUCUCACAGUAAAAAUUGUGAACAAAUACAGAGAAAUAUUGUAACACAGUAGCAGUUAAAAAGUGAAUAAUUAACAACAAUUUGAAGUUGAUGUUCGUGUGAGACUUAUUGUAAGAUUCAAAAGGCUAGAUGAUGAGUAUGUGUGUUAUUGUUAUUAAGGUGAACUGCUUCAGAGAAUGACUCACUGUGGAUGAUUCUGUGUUGAUGAAAAUAAAGUAGUGCUUUACUCGUGGCACCACUAAGUGGUA